GAAGCACGCUUCGUCUGCAGUUGGGCCAGGCUGGAGUAAAAGCCAGACUCGAUAUACCUUAUAUAUCCAUAUUAAGUUAAGGAUACAUUCAAGAUGGCUCACUUCGACUUCGAUCCCAAUAGCGUCAACCUCAACGACGCCGACCCGGCGCAGAUCGUCUGCUACAUCAACAAGGGCGGUAAUGAAUAUAACGGCCAUCUCGGGGCCCGCAUUUCAGCCCUCUUUGUCAUACUGAUCACGUCCACCGCCACGACCUUCUUUCCUGUCAUCGCCAAAAAGGUUCGAUGGUUGCGUAUUCCUCUCUAUGUCUAUCUGUUUGCUCGUUAUUUUGGUUCGGGCGUCAUCGUGGCCACGGCUUUCAUCCAUUUGCUCGACCCUGCCUAUGAGGAGAUUGGACCAGCCAGCUGUGUUGGCAUGACAGGCAACUGGGCCGUCUACAGCUGGCCGCCCGCCAUUGCAUUGACUUCUGCCGUCUUUACUUUUUUGCUUGACUUUGCUGCGGAGCGCUUCGUCGAGGUCAAGUACGGGGUUCAUGAGCAUGUGAAUAUCGAGAGUGCUGUCACGGGCAAUGCAACCAUUCAAGCUUCUGCGGAAACCGACAUUCACCCACACUCAACUCGCUCCGACAUGGAAGCUCCACCAACUCCUACCAAGGAGAAGCUGGGCGGCGUCGACACGGAUGUCGAAGAGGAAGAUGAAGAAAGCGCCCGUCUCUUGUACAGGCAGCAAAUUGCGGCAUUUUACAUUCUCGAAUUUGGCGUACUGUUCCACUCCGUCAUCAUCGGUCUCAAUCUCGGUGUCGCUGGCGAUGAAUUCAAAACCUUGUAUCCCGUCAUCGUGUUUCACCAAGCCUUUGAAGGUCUUGGUAUCGGCUCGCGACUCUCUGCCAUUCCCUUUCCUAAGCGCAGCAUUAUGCCCUGGUUGCUCUGCCUCGCAUAUGGUGUCACCACUCCCAUCGCCAUUGCCAUUGGUCUCGGCGUCAGGACGACGUACAACCCCGAGUCCUAUACGGCCAACGUUGUUUCAGGCGUUCUCGACUCCAUCUCUGCCGGUAUUCUCAUCUACACUGGCUUCGUCGAGCUGCUGGCUCGUGAUUUCCUCUUCAACCCCUAUCGCACUCGCGAUAACCGGCAGCUAACUUUUAUGGUCAUUUGCGUCUUGCUUGGAGCCGGUAUCAUGGCUUUGCUCGGCAAGUGGGCUUAGGCUGUAAAGCAUCUGGCUCUUACAAACCCCUCUUUUUUUUUUCUUCUUCUUUUUCUUCUUUGCGGACUGUUUCGAGCACAUGGCCUAUACUCCCACGUUGCGACCGAUAUUAGCAGCGAGGCUAACAGCGGGAAAGCGCCACAUGUUCGUUUGCUAUUCGCCCCUCCUUGAUUUGCCUCGUGGAAUCAUCAGGUCAUUGUUCGUUCUCUUAAUGGGCAUACCUAUGGCAAUGGCGGUGGGAACUUCUCUCUAUAGACUGGGGGAUCGCUUUCGCGAGCUGUAUAUACCUC